GCGGGUGCGGAAGGCAGGAGAGGGCAGGAAGUCGGCGGCAGCAGGCGUUGUGCGGCGAGGGUGGCGCGACCGCGCGGGGACCGAGCCUUCCUUAUUUAUGUAUCUGCCAGCUCUCGCUGGCUUCCUCCGAAGACUUCAGGGAGAGUCUCCGAGCUGCCAUCCCCGAGUGUGAGCACGAAAGGGCUGGAUGUCAGAACAACAUGCUUAUCCAUUAAACUGCGAACUUUUUUUUUCUUUUUUCUUUUUUUAACCCAAAGAAUAUCGGUGGAUUUUUUUUUGCCCGCUGCUAAGAGAAGAGAGAGCCCUGGGCUCUCUCGAGAUGCUUCAAAAUCUUUAUUUAUAACCCAGGUCCAGAAGUGCUAUGCAACCCCUGUCCACUCAGUGAGUUGUCUAUCCUAUGGAUAUCAGCCUUGAGCUUUGCGAUUAGAUUGCACCGUCUGCACUGGGUCCCGCAGCCUCCAUCCUUUCAAUGCCCGGUUUUUUCUGGGACUGCUGGCCUUCCCUGGAGAUUAGAGCGGUCCUGUGUGCCAUGGGCUGUAUUCAGAGCAUCGGAGGCAAAGCCAGAGUCUUCCGGGAAGGGAUCACAGUGAUUGAUGUGAAAGCCUCCAUCGACCCCAUCCCCACCAGCAUUGACGAAUCCUCCAGCGUGGUGCUGCGCUACCGGACACCCCACUUCCGGGCCUCGGCCCAGGUGGUCAUGCCACCCAUCCCCAAGAAGGAGACGUGGAUUGUUGGCUGGAUUCAGGCGUGCAGCCACAUGGAGUUCUACAAUCAGUACGGAGAGCAGGGCAUGUCCAGCUGGGAGCUCCCCGACCUCCAGGAGGGCAAGAUAGAAGCCAUCAGCGACUCAGACGGGGUGAACUACCCCUGGUACGGCAACACCACGGAGACCUGCACCAUUGUGGGCCCCACCAAAAGAGACUCCAAGUUCAUCAUCAGUAUGAACGAUAACUUUUACCCCAGCGUCACGUGGGCUGUGCCCGUCAGUGAGAGCAACGUGGCCAAACUGACCAGUAUCUACCGGGACCAGAGCUUCACCACGUGGCUGGUGGCCACCAACACCUCCACCAAUGACAUGAUCAUCUUGCAGACGCUGCACUGGCGCAUGCAGCUGAGCAUCGAGGUGAACCCCAACCGGCCUCUGGGCCAACGCGCUCGGCUGCGGGAGCCCAUCGCCCAGGACCAGCCCAAGAUCCUGAGCAAGAAUGAACCCAUCCCACCCAGCGCCCUCGUAAAGCCUAAUGCCAACGAUGCUCAGGUCCUCAUGUGGCGGCCCAAGUACGGGCAGCCACUAGUGGUGAUCCCGCCCAAGUACCGAUAACAGCCAGGCCGCUGUGAGGUCAGACUCAUAGACAAUAGAACCAACCGCUCCGAAGGAGACCCAGAUUCCCUCUCUGGUCAUUCAACAAAAUACAACCAUUCUACCUUUUCCAGGGGCGCGGAUCUCACUGUGCUAUAUUCUGCUGGCCUCCGGCUCUUGCACCUGCUUUCCUGUCAGGAGUGGGGACCAGACAGAUCCCAAGGGCACCUUUCAGGGUCACCCCGUCUCCUGUCCUCACAAUCUCAGUUGUACACCUGCAGCAGAAUUUGGAAACACUGCUUU